AUGUCGGGAGGCUGGAACACAAUCGAGUCAGACGCUGGCGUCUUCACAUACCUACUCGAGAACCUCGGUGUCAAGAACGUCCAGUUCGAAGAGCUCAUCUCAUUAGACUCACAAUCGCUCGGUCGACUGUCGCCGCUAGGCGUCAUCUUCCUCUUCAAGUACAACAACGAUGGCCGCAAAUCAGAUGGUCCGCUAGACGGUCAAUUCGACUUUGAAGCAACUUACAACCUGGACGACGCUGGCAGUGGAGGUGAUGGCAAGGGCAAGGUGUGGUUCGCCGCUCAGACAAUUCAAAAUGCUUGCGGCACACAGGCAUUGCUCAGUGUCUUGAUGAACAAGGACAACAAGGAUGGUGUUGAGUUGGGUCCUCAUUUGACAGACUUCAAGGACUUCACAGCUGCCUUCCCACCGGAUAUCCGUGGUGAGGCUCUCAGCAACAGCGACCUUAUCCGCGACACGCACAACUCCUUCGCCCGCAGCUCGCCCUUCGUCUCAGACGAGACCCGUAUGGCCACUCAAGACGACGACCUCUUCCACUUCAUCGCAUACACCAGCAUCAACGGCACAUUGUACGAACUCGACGGUCUCCAAGAAGCUCCCAUCAGUCACGGCCCUUGUGCCCCCACAGACUUUGCCGACAAAGUCAUUCCCGUCCUCCAACGCCGCAUCGAACGCUACCCCUCCAACGAGAUCCGCUUCAACCUACUCGCCAUGUGCCAAGACCUCCGCGUAAAAGCAAGAGAAUUCGGAGAUGAAGACAUGGUGUACCGUGAAGAAGAGAAGAGACGUGCAUGGCAGUGGGAGAAUGCUCUGCGCAGACACAACUUUGUCGGUUUCGUAGGUGAAUUGAUGAAGGGUGUCACUGCUGCCAAGAUUGCAGACGGCUCUUACGAUGCCUGGAUCGAGGACUCGAAAACAAAGACGAAGAAGAAGCUCGAAGAGAGCAAGAAGAAGGGAUACAAUCCUGAUGAGAUGGAGAUGUGA